AUGGUUGGGCUGUUUAAGGUUCCCUCAUCUCACAUCCGGGCGGUACCGUGCAUUUCUGGCAUUCGUCACAAACCUUUACCCAGGGCUGUACUGUGGCUUGACGGAAAUCCAUUGGUGCAGGUUUUGAAUGGAGGAGCCAACUCAUUCUCAGAUAGUCCCCUGGUGGGCGGCGGGAGGCGUGCUGUCACACGUCAUGAGAAGAACUACAAAGGCCUAAAUUUUGGUUCCGGCCAGUCGGGACGGCUAGAUCGCCAAGUGUCAGUUACCGAGAAGUGCGCCUCGUGGAUAGUCCAAGCCCAGUUGUUGCAGGUAGGCCGUUCGACGUCGUUGGAUGGGCGCUGCUGCUUGUCAAGCGUUCGGACUCCCAGACGGGCGCGAGCGCUUUUUGCUAUUCGGCCAGCUCUUGCGGUAAGGCGGCCUUGGGAUCCUGGAUCACCCGAGGAGGUCAUCUUGGACGUCUGUGCGGGCGUACGCUGGUCUUCUUGGGCCCCUCUUCUUUCUUUCCCAACGGUCACCGGCACGGAAAUCCCUGCAAGCCAGAGAGAGGCGGACGGGCGGAACAUGCCUCCGAGACCAUUGGAGAAGCAGAUCAGGCUUGUCGACUGUGGCACAGGGCUUGACCCCAGCUGCACGAAGCACGGGGGAGGAGGUGAGGGAGAGGAGAGGAAACGAUUUAGAAACCAGGAUCUAUCCGAUCUAUCACAUGGCGGUGAAUCUGGCUGCCGCGCAUGGGGAUCCCAGGUACUCCGGAUCUCAACGGUCGAGGGGAUGCAGAUGGGCAUGAAGAAAUACGAAGAGGUAUUGCAUGACACCCGUCCUAGCCCUGAUCCCCGAUCAGAAGAUGAAGACAGGUCGGCAGCUGCACCCCACUCUGGUGCGGCAGAUCUCCCUCUCCCUAGGAUGAGGAGAGAGAGGAUCGACAUUGAAGUAAGGAACUCCUCGCGGCUUUAUAACUGCAUUAACCGGUUGGGAGACCCCCACUGCGUGCAAGAACCGCGACGCCUACAGAAUCGCCUCGCCACACACGUACACCAGCCACAGGCCUGGCGUCAGCGCCUAAAGGAGCAUUUCCGGAGCCUAUCGUCUGUACCGGGUACAUGGGACUAUGUACGAAAUGUAGGUGGAUAUGGACUAAUGCACGCGCCAUCCCUGAUUCCUCCCAACCAAUCCAGGGCCAUAGCCCUUCCCAGAGCUGCGACAUGUUAUACUACCCAUGGAGCUCUGCCCGAUCCAGUCCGACUGGAAGGCAAGUGUGCAACGCUCGGUCCUCUCAGCUGCACAGUCGGGAUUGUCGUCCCUUGA